CUAAAAUAUGUGGGGGGAUAAUGAUAUGGUGCCCGGCAAAGGAGGGGCAAAAGUCAGGGUGUUAAUAAGCACACGCAUGAGGGAGGGCGCUUUUCUCGAGCUCAUCAGCUCUUCAUUGCACGCUAUACGCUCUUUGGACUGGUUUCUCAUUUGUCAUGUCGUCCACCCUACUGGAGCAGACGCGGGCUCACCACGAGGAAAUUGAGAAGCUAGAGCGUCUAAUUGCCCGGGACUGGCUGACAAAUGAGUCGCAGGCUCACAAGGACAAGCUAUACCAAGGGCACCGAGUCAAGGGAUUCUUGGAAGCAAUAGCGAGCACGAGCGGAAAGCUGGUUGAGAUCUACGAGGAUGCGGAUGGCGCCAGGAAGGAGGAGAUUGCUGCCCUCGGGGGGCUGCAAGCGGAAAACCAGAAUGUCUUUAGCGCCUACUAUGAUCGUAUGAAAGAGAUUCGUGAUUACCACCGGCGCCACCCAAGCGCGCGCACGGUUGAGCAGGAGGAUCUCGAUGCACAUAUCAAAGCAGAGCCGCCCGUCUACUUCACGGGGGAGGAGGCGCUGGGGCGCUUUCUGGAUCUGCACGAGUUGCACGCCGCAUUCAUCAACGCCAAGUUUGGACCAAAGGAUGGGGACGAGGAGGAGCGCGAGUACAUGCGGUACCUGGACACGUUCCAUCAAUUGGAUAGCAUCCCACGACACUUCAAGUCGAGCAAGCAAUACCGCGACUACCUUUCCUCUCUCCUGGCCUACCUCCGCUCCUUCUAUGAGCGCACGGAACCGCUCAAAGACGUAACCCAACUUUUGUCCAAGGUUGAGGCAGAGUUCCAAAACCAAUGGGCAGCCGGCACAGUCCCGGGAUGGGAAGGCGCGUCCGAAGCGGGGCCGAAAGCGUCUGAAAACGUGCUCGACGUGGAAGCGUACGACUCCGUCCAGGAGCUGCUCGAAGUGGGCACAGAACGGAUCAAGGAGACGCUGGAACAUUUCGGGUUGAAAGUGGGGGGGACGCCCGAGCAGCGCGCGGCCCGGCUCUUGCUGCUGAAGGAUACCCCGCUGGAAGAGUUGGACGCAAAGCACUUUGCGAAGGGGCGGCGGCCGCCGAAGAAAGGGGCGCAGGCGAACGGGGGGGGCGACGCGGGGCGGGAAAAGGGGGCGUACGAGACGGCGCUGCAGGAGGCGCAAGUGCGCAAGUUCUGCGAGCUGCUGAAACAGGUGAUCUCCGACACGCGGGGCCACGUGGAGAUGAAGUACGCGCAGACUGCGGAGGAGCAAGACAAGGACCUGGAGGAGCAGGACGCGAGCGGGGGCGAGGAGAGCGACGAGGACGACGAGCAGAUCUACAACCCGCUCAAGCUGCCCAUGGGGCCCGACGGGAAGCCCAUCCCGUACUGGCUCUACAAGCUGCACGGGCUCAACCAGGAGUUCCGGUGUGAGAUCUGCGGCGACGCGAGCUACUGGGGCCGGCGCGCGUACGAGCGGCACUUCCGGGAGUGGCAGCACCAGCACGGCAUGAAGGUGCUGGGGAUCCCCAACACCAAGCAGUUCAACGAGAUCACCGUCAUCGCGGAUGCUCUGGCCCUGCAUAAAGCGAUGCAGGAGAAGUCGGGGACGGCGGUUUGGAAGCCCGACGUGGAGGAGGAGUACGAGGACAGCCAGGGCAACGUGUACAACAAGAAGGAGUACACCGACCUGCAGAGACAAGGCCUCAUCUAGACGGGCGGCACCGGAGAAAAAGCAGUCUUGUCUGACGUGUAUCUGUUUUCGAGGAAGCUUAUAUCAAGGAGAAAGUGCAGACUUCCGGUCAGAUUCAGGAUUGUGUUGACCUGGACUCGACCUCUGAGACGAGGAACACGCGUGCGGUGGUAAAGCGUCCUUCCAAACGUUGCCGGAACAAUGUCAAGUACCGCGUCAAGUUUCAUUCCCCAGAGCGAUGUCCUGUGGCGGGUCAUGCAAUCAAAGCAUUGAGGGCGACGCUCAAAGUUUGACCGGCUACCGUAGUACGGC